AUGCUCCUUGCUGCGUGCAUGCGUCCAUACUCCACCUAUUCCCAUUCACUCCCUGCCUUCCCACCUCUCGGAUGUCUACCUCUCCUCCUCCCUGCUCCUCCCUGCCUCCCUGCCAUGCAGGUGCUUGGUCGCCUGGCCUCACGGCUGUCAGUGGUGCUGCAGGGGAAGGACAAGCCCAUCUACUCGCCCAGCAUUGACAAGGGCGACGUGUGCAUUGUAGUGAACGCAGAUAAGAUUGCAGUGACGGGUGACAAGAUACGGCAGAAGACAUACAGAUGGCACACAGGGUACAUCGGAGGUCUAAAGGAGCGAACCCUCAAGGAUCAGAUGGCAAAGGAUCCCAAGGAGGUCAUUCGCAAAGCAGUGCUGCGCAUGCUGCCCCGCAACCGACUCGUGGAUCCACGAAUGACGAAGCUGAGGAUAUUCGAGGGGGGCAGUCACCCAUUCGAGGACAUUCCUGCGAGGGAGGAGGCGAAGCCUGCCCAGCUCCCUCACCUGCUCCCACCUCCCAGAACCGUACUCUACCCCCAACCAUCACUCUUCCUUCUGCAUGCCCCCCCUUCCCCCCAGCCGCGCAUGACGAAGCUGAGAAUAUUUGAGGGGGACAGCCACCCAUUCGGGGACAUGCCUGUGAGGGAAGAGACAAUGCCGCUAAGAAAUGUGAGGGAGAUGCGACCCAGGGAGAGGCGCGCUGCUGAUAAAGCCGCUCGUGCUGCUGCUGCCAAGGGCCUAGAUCCGGCGGUGACGGCGGUUGCUGCGGUGGAGGAUGACGUCUGCACCAUGGGCCGUGCUGCGCUGGCGCUGGUGACGGCGAGGAGCACGAGGAGGGAGAGAGGCAGGAGCAGCUUGCGCGCUGCGCGCGGCCACGAGUUACUCGCCAUCGUCGAGAUGCCUUGGGAUCGUCGCAGUAAAUGCCGAACCUUACCGAACAGGAGCGAGCGCGAGCGCGAGAGGGAGGGUCAACUAUACGCGUCUGUUACUGCUUCUCUUCCACCGGUUAGGUUGAAUGCGGAGCAGUCGGGUGGACUGGUGCGCCGGGGAGUGGAAGGCGUAGAAGACGGAGCGGCUCGUGCUGCGUCAGCUGGGCUGAACGAGAAAUGGCUCAUGGCAGCGCUGAUGGCGGAGGGAUUGAAUGCGGUUCAGUCAGGUGCAAUAGAGCAAGUGCAAGAAGGUGGAGAGGGAUUGAGUGCGGUGCAGUCAGGUGGAACCGAGCGAUGGCUUAUGGCUGCAGUGAUGGCGGAGGGAUUGGCUGCUCCGAUUGCUGCACAUGUAAGGGGUGGGCAUGGUAAUAGUGAUGAAACCAGAGGUGAUACAACCGAGUGUGGGAGAAACGAGGGAGACUUGAAGGCUUGUGAUACAAGAGGGGCCCGCGGUGAUGCUGAGGAGGAUGUGACUGCAGACCAAGUGCCUCUGCCCAACCAUCCAGGCUGGCUCACCACCAAGAGGCGCAAGACCCUCAAGGAGGAGUUGAUAGAGGUUGAGCUGGCAAUGGAGCGAGACUGCUGCACGGGGUGUGGGCGAGUGCUGGACGAUACCGUCUACUCGUCCGACACAGUCUUCAUGAAACAAUCCGAUGGCUCUAGCAUGGCCAUGGGAAGCUUCGUGGCAGAUGCAGGAGGAGGCGGGCCGGUGGUGCGACUGGGAGGAGCCAGGGGGUUCGCCUUUGGGGGCUCGUCAGAGUCACAUGAGCGCACAGUCAUGAGAGGGCGCAAUGAGAUUGCAGAGAUAGCAGAGCGGCUGGCCGUGCGACCUCGAGAAGACAUGAUAGGGUCGGCGCACCGGCUGUACCAGCUGGCUCUGAAUCGCAACUUCACACGAGGAAGGCGAGUAGCGCAGGUGGCAGCGGCGUGCCUCUACCUUGCGUGCAGGCAGGAGAAGAAGCCCUUUCUGCUGAUCGACUUUGCUGACUUGCUGCAGAUCAACGUGUAUGUACUAGGGGCGGUGUAUCUGCAGCUGCUGCUGGUGCUGCGACUGGAGAACCACGAGCCGCUACAGGCACCACUGGACCCCUCUCUCUUCAUCCACCGAUUCGCCGACCGUAAGCGCCUCAACUUUGGGCGCAAGAUGCAUGCAGUGGCCAACACGGCUCUGCGCCUUGUUGCCUCCAUGAAGCGCGAUUGGAUCCAGACCGGUCGCAAGCCCAAUGGGGUGUGUGGGGCGGCGCUGCUGAUAGCUGCACACAUUCACGGCUUUGAGCGAUCCAAGUCGGAUGUGGUGGCAGUGGUGCAUGUGUGUGAGCAGACAGUGCGGCACCGACUGCAUGAGUUUGAGGGCACAGAGGCAGGCGGGCUCACUCCGGAGGAAUUCGAAGAGAAGGCCAAGGAGUGGGACGAGCUUCUUUUCUCCACCCAGCCACCCACCCCUGCUCUCGUUGCUCCUGCCUCUUCCCUCGCCCCUGCUGCUGCUGCCCUCGCUACCAAGGGCAAACAGGGGAAGGGGAAAGCAGGGGGAGCAGCAGGGGGAGGGGCGAGGGGAGGCGCAGGGGGUUAUGGGGAUCCGGGUGGUGGGGAAGAUGGGGAGGGGGAGGCGGGGGAGGGGGGAGCGGGGGAGGUGGAGCAGGGGGAAGAGGAGGGGGGAGUGGUGGCGAAUGGGGGUGGGGGCGGGGGUGGGGGGGAAGUGGGGGAGGUGUAUUUGACUCAGUGCCAGCAUAAGGAUGCUGGGGCGGCUCAUUUUGCACAUGGGCUCUGCAGGCCGUGCUAUGACAUGCUGGCGCGGACGAGCGGAGGUUUGGUAGGGGGAGCCAACCCGCCUGCAUGGGGGCGGGGGGAGAGGGAGCAGCGCAAAGCAGAGCUGAGGAGGCGGAGAAGCCGCCUCACUGUGUACAACGUGUUUGGGCAGGAGGAGCGGGAGGAGGGGGAUGGAUACGGAGAAGGGGAGGAGUGGGGAGUUGGAAGGGAAGUUAUGGCUGUUGGCCAGAAGGGGAAGGGUGGAGGUGCGGGUGUGGCGGUGGCGGCAGGGAAAGGGGUGGUUGCUGCGAAAGCGGGAGGGAAGGGAGGGAAAGUGGGGAGGGAUGGGGUGUCGAAGCGCGAGAGAGCAAGGCAGAGGAUUGAGAAGGAUCUAGAUGCAGCUCUGCACCGAGCUGAAAUUGCUCCCCUCGUGGUCCACACGCUUCCAGACUCACUGGGACCUGCCGAACCAGAUACCCUAGGCUCGGUCAGGCGUGACGGUCUAGGUCCGGCAGGCAUAGAUCCGAGCCUGGUGGAUGACCCCGAUCCAGAUUUCUUGGCUGGGGAAGAGGGUGGGAUGGGCGGCGGAGGGAGGUUCGGGGGAAGCGUUGGAGAGAUUGGGGAGGAGGCGCAGGAGGGGGUGGAAGAUGAGGAGGAGGAAGAGGAGGAAGAAGAGGAAGAGGAGGAAGAUACUUUGUCGGAUAUAGAGGAUCACGAGGUAACGUUUCAUUGGUCACUUCACCAGAAGCCAGUUGCAGUAGCGAAGCAAGCGGUGGUGAGGUGGAUCAUCCAGUGGAGGAGAAGCAUUUCUUUGGCGCCUCAAAACCGUGUGAACUGA